AGAACCUCCUCUGGCAGAUGUCCUGCCUCAGUGCUUCUCUGAAGGCUUCUUGUGAAAUAUCUGUGUUCUGCCGUCUGCUUCGCAUGAAACACGGUCAGAAAGCGAGCUCUUUCCUGGAAAGGAGCUGCGAGAUUAUUAAGGGCACAGCUGAAAAUGCGAUCAUUGUCAACUACUUGCAGAAAUCUGUCAUGACGUCACUGUCACCGCAGGGGAAAUCUCGUAAUAGGCUCUUUUUCUUAAAAAAAACACAUGAAGUGAAAGUUUCCAAGCAAAAAAGAAGCAUCACAGUGACCAUUUCCUGAUCUCUCAUAAAUUGUAAUCUCUCAUAUUAUUUCUGAGUCAAUAAUGUAUUAUUUCGGGGUAUUAUGGAAUGGCAUCGGUUCACUUUAAUGCUGUGACGAGCUUUCUGUUACAUCGUGCCGGUGACCCACCCUUAGAGUGAUCGAGAGGGUGAGCGAGUGAGAGAGAGAGUCACCUCAGCCUCUGAGUAACCUUCACACUUUCUCGCUGACCGACGCAGUAGCUGAAGGCUCGCAGCGACAGACAGCGGGGUGGCUGAUUCGGUUUGGGUUCGCGAGGAAGCUGCCGGUGUGGCUCAUACGGCUUGUUAGCUUCUCCUCGGAUCGAUCCCGGCAUGCAGCGGCUUAAGGCCUGGCAGAGCCUUUCGGCACCUGUCGGGACGGGCCUGCCUGUCUCGGCGACUCCUAGCAACGAGAAAACACUUUCUGUUGCUAAAGUAGUUGCAUCUGCCCUCCUUUAAAGCCCAUGUGUGUGUGUGUGUGUGUCCAAUCAAAGGCAUCAAAGAAGACUCUAAACAAACCUGUUCACAAGUACGUGACGGGCCAGACCACAGUCACCCACGAAAGCGCCAUCGGACCCAGAAAAGAGGAAUUGAAAGCCCAAACUUGGAGACAUCUCUCCGUUUAGCCAAUGCUGCGUCUAUUUCUGGCUGCACGCCGAUUUGCCUAGCCAUUUCAGAAUUACUGGCAUGGCUCCGAGGGAGGGCGAGAGAGCGAGCGAAUGCCGCGAGGCAAGGAGCGUCAAACCGCGGCACUUCAUGCACAGGGACCCGGCAGGGAUGGAGGGCGUGCAGGAUAAAUCUGCUCACAGAAAGGACAACCGAGACCAAGCCUGCGAUCACAGGAACCAGCGGAAACCGGUGACCAGUCCGGGAACAGGGUCCCGGGGAGACAGACAGAGACGAAAAAGAAGAGAGACGAGAGCAAACUAAAUGCGGUCACAUGACAAGGGGAGGAGCCAAUCAGGUGGAAGUAUGUGCUCAAAAGCCUUGUGCAGCACUAGGAGGCGAAGAGGCUGCUGACAGAACUUAGGAAUGCCGCGGCUGAGCGGAUGCUUUAGCGGGAUGUUCCAUGAGCGAGAUGGGAAGCCAGUGAGACAGAUCUUCAAGAUGAAGCUGGAAAUAAUCCCGCAAGACAUGAAUCAGUGGAGGGAUGCAGACUUUGCCCGGAACUGCACGUACAUCGUCCCGGACCAGGCCUCGGAACCAGGCUUUGGGGUUCCCCGUGCCGUGACCUCCAUCCCGCGAAACCUCACCUUUGGCUAUGGCCCGGACAACGAGGUCACGGGAGUCUUUAGUAAGGAGUACAUUCCCCAGGACACCCGAUUCGGGCCCCUUGAGGGGGACAUCUACACCCGCGAUGGCGUCCCUCCGCAAGCCAGCAGAAGGUACUUCUGGAGGAUCUAUUAUGGAGGACAGUUGCAUCACUUUGUUGACGGUUACAAUGUGCAUCGCAGCAAUUGGAUGCGCUAUGUCAACCCGCCCCGCUCACCGGCUGAACAGAACCUGGUGGCGUGCCAGGAUGGGCAUGACAUCUUCUUCUACACGAUCCGGCCUGUGGACACGCAGCAGGAGCUGCUGGUGUGGUACAGCCAGGAGUUCCUCCAGAAGCUGCAUAGAUCAGAGACCCAGGAAAGAUCUCAAAAGCUGCUGGACAUAGACCCCAGAAGCCCCGGCCUCCACAGGCACGUAGAGCCGGAGCGGAGCCCAGACUCGCUGGCUGGAGAGGAGGAGAAGACCCUGAGGCACGUCAAUGUGGAGGCCCUGCAGAGGGACACUCCCCCUGACACCCCAGACGAGCAUCUCAUGGACGUCAGGCAGACGGAGAAGCAGCGGGCACCCUGCAGACCGUCGCCCCGCCCUGACCAGCGAGAGCUUUCCCUGGGCACAGAGGCCUACGCUUCCCCCCUGCCCCCCCACCAGCACGGGCUGUAUGACCCCUGCCAAGGCCUGCUGCCCCACCCCCUCUACCCUACCUCUACCCCCUUGGCAUGCCCCUACCCACUGCUCUCACCUUAUUCUGCCCAUUACCCACGCCUGCUCCAGUAUUCCCCACCGUAUCCAGGUCUGCUGCCCCCUGCAGACUCCACAGUGUAUGGCAGCUGCCUGACCAACGACUGCCUGCCCGUCUCUACAGCGGCUUGCCCAGGCAUGCUGCCCAGCGCCUUGCCCUACCUCACCCCGCCACAUGGUGGCCUGAAAGAGCGGCCCCCUAAUAUGUCCCCUCCCAGGGCCCCCCCCAGCCCCCCCAAGCCUCCUCGGCCACCCCCAUCUCGCUGCGCUGAUUCUGUCGACCACAGGCCAGCCACACCUGAUGAAAGUUCCGGGUCGGGCCACCGGUCGCUGCCAUACCCGCUGAAGAAGCAGAAUGGCAAGAUCAAGUAUGAGUGUAAUGUCUGCAGAAAGACUUUUGGACAGCUGUCCAACCUCAAGGUGCACCUGCGUGUCCACAGCGGCGAGAGGCCCUUCCAGUGUCACGUGUGCAAGAAGAGCUUCACUCAGCUGGCCCACCUGCAGAAGCACCACCUAGUUCACACAGGAGAGAAGCCACAUGAGUGUCAGGUGUGUCAUAAGCGUUUCAGCAGCACCAGCAACCUGAAGACACACCUACGUCUGCACUUGGGUGAGAAGCCCUACCAGUGCAAGCUCUGCAGCACCAAGUUCACGCAGUACAUCCACCUGAAGCUGCACCGGCGGCUGCAUGACGGCCCAGAGCGGCCCCACCGCUGCCCGCGCUGCCCCCUCACCUUCCUGCACCGCUUCUCCCUGGCCCUGCACCAGCGCGAUGGCUGCGGCGCCAACCUGCCCCCAGCCGUCGCUGAGCUCAUCGACCGCUUUGACAGCAGCGCCGAGGCCGACGGCGUACCCGAGAGCGGCGAUGCCGCCCUGGCCGAGGCAGCCCUGGGCCGCUGGCUCGCCCGGGAGAUGGAGCUCAAGGAGGACCGGGGCCUCCUUCAGCUACUGGGGCUCAAGCCACGCCACCCAAGCCCCGCCCCAAGUCCUGCCACAAGCCCCGCACCCAGUGGCGCCACCACAUACCAGGGGCGUGCCAGUGUGCUGCACCUGUGCAGCCAGCCGCUGGUGAAGGCGGAGGUGGAGUGAGCACUUCCUGCGGACGUCCGCUUCGCCUCGUCCACACCUAGACUGCGAAUUUCAGGGGGGGGGAGGGGCGGUCUUAGGGUCCAACACAGAGACACCAAAAUGAGGCUCCUACGAUUGCGCUUCCGGUCGCCGCUGACGACCAGGGCUGGCCCCUAAGCGACGGACCGCGUCCACCGUUCUGUAGAAACAUUUGUUCUUAUGCAGAUCAACGUACGCGAAAGCAUGCAGGUGCCGAACUUCUUACAUUUUUUUAAGCUUUAUCAUGUAUUGGCACACAUGUGUCACCACUCAGGGAUAACCUGAGUUAUUUGGUUCCCCUCUCGGGAAUGAUGGCACGCUGUUUUUGUAGGGUGUUACUGCACUUCUGAAAGAAAAAAUCACCUGCGAAGGGAGAGAGAUGGCCUCUGUGCCCAACUAAGGGCGUGUGUGACAUCGUGUGUGUGUGUGUGUGUGUGUGUGCGUGUGUGUGUGUGUGUGUGAGGCCAACACAGAAGAAAGAGGAAGGAGCAGCAUGUUUGUUUUGGACACGAUGGAGGACUUUCCUGGGAAAAUUCAGGCCCAUGUUCCUAUUUCACACACAAAGGGUUGUAUUCUUAUUUUGUUUUGUUUUUUAUUCUUGUCUGUUUUAAAAAAUCUCAGCCAAAGAUGCAAAAAGGAAUCAGACCUGUCACCCAUUAUAAAGAGGGGAAAAUCCCAGCAAUUUGCAUUUUUGUACCUGGCAGCUACUUUGCCGAGCAGAGACAUGCACUGGUCAGCACAAGCACACACUGGUCAGCACAAGCACAUACUGGUCAGCACAAGCACAUACUGGUCAGCACAAGCCAGCAGUGCAAUGACCAGCAUUACUGCCUCAGUUCCUGUAGCGGCCUGAACGGACACUACCUUGUGGGGUUGGGGGGCACUAUGCAAGACCCUUUUAUUUUUAAUUAAAACAGGGUAUAGAUGAAGGCAUGUUCUACAGCAACUUGUCUGUUUGUGUUUGUUUUUUGUUUAUAUUUGUUUUUGCAGACAAAUAUAUAGGAAUUCAGCUUCUCUGUCCCUUACUGCCUGCAUAGUAAUAGUUUCAGGUCCUUCACUGUAGCAGCAUUUGUGGACCCACUUCGCUCACAAGCACAGAACAUUCACAGCAUGCCAAACAACCGAAAGCACACAGGCUGAUGGGAACCACACAGCCCCCCCACCCUGCACUCUCCCUAGGCCUUGCCCCCACCCGCUGUAACAUCGACGCCCCGCUAUAGCAUACAGUACCUCUGUAAAUCUCAGGUUAAUUACGUACCAGUUUCAGUUUACAUGUUGCAGAGUUAAGCUGUGGGCUUGGACUUCAUGUAUGUGUCUAGUCAUAAUAGAUUAACUUGCUAUUGUGUUUUAUGUCUCUUUCAUAACUGGAAAAAACAGGGAAUUAAGCUCUGUUACUGACUCAUGACAGGAUGCCAGUGAAACCAUGCGUGUCAUUAAGUAACUGUAUACUUUUUGUACAUUAUGUCCUUAUCUGUUAGGUUUAUUUUUGCCUAGAACUUGAUACUUUGUAUAUGAGAGACUAUUUUGAUUUGAUAUUCAUAAAAUAUGUAGAUAAUAUUAA